UUCCGUGAAACGGAACGUCUGUUUUUUUUUUCAACUCAAUAACAUUGAAUUACUAUUGGUGAGCUCCUCUUUCUUUCAUUGUGAAGAUCGCUGUUUUGAACGGUUACAUAUAUGAUAAGUGAAUAACCAAAAUGAGUGCAAAGCGGAAACGUGUCGUCCUAUCACUAAAGGUCAAAGUUGAAAUAAUUAAUCAGUUAAAAAAAGGUGAUGAUAUUAAAAAUAACAGUGAAAAAAUUUUAAGUUUUGUGACUGCGUUUUUACGUGGUUUCUGCUGCAACGAAAAGGCGCGAAUGUUCAGUGAAAAAAUGGGUGUAGCUGGUUUUAAGGCAAGCACUGGAUGGAUCCGCAAUUUCAAGAAUAGGCACGGUAUUCGGGAACUGGAUAUUGCUGGUGAAAAACUUUCUGCUGAUGGUGAAGCUGCUAAUAAAUUUGUGGACACCUUUAAAAAAGGAACUGAAAACUACGACCCUGAUCUUGUUUACAAUGCUGAUGAGACUGGUUUGAAUUGGAAAGUUUUGUCGAGAAAAACCCUAGCAUCUACAAGAGAACAGAGUGCUCCCGGCCACAAAGUCAGUAAAGAUCGCGUCACCAUAAUGGUCUGCGCUAACUCUACUGGUACCCAUCGCCUUCCUCUAUUAUUGAUUGGCAAAGCAAAGAAGCCGAGGGCUUUUAAGAACGCAGCUAAGUUACCAGUCACCUACACUAAUCAGAAGAAUGCAUGGAUGGACAGCAGUAUUUUUUUGGAGUGGUAUGAUAAAACCUUUAUUCCUGAAAUAAAGAAGUUUAAAACGGAAACAGGAAAAAAGUGAAAAGUUUUGCUAAUUAUUGAC